AUGAGACCCAAUACAUCUUUCCCUAUGGAAACAAUAAAACCGACGCGAGUUCAGACUCAGCAAUUGCAAGGAUCAGCAACGAUACCAUUUCGUUAUCGAAUUCUACUUUACUUGAGUAUAAUACUUCUGGCAAUCGAUCUUGGCAUUAAUACGUUUAGUGAAUAUCUAGCAACGAGCGAAUAUAUACAAUUAAUUAUUUUCAUUGUACAGGAUGUCUGCAUACUUCUGUCAAUCACAUUACUUAUAUUGAUGGUUUUAACAACGUAUGUUGCUCAAGCUGGCUUAUUGUGCCUUCUUCUUCGAAUGUUUCGAUUUUCAAUCGUUACUGCUUGCAUCUAUUUUGCCUUAUGUGCCGCAAUACAGACAGUGAUCUUAAUACCACGUUUUCAACUUAAACAUCGUGUACCAAAUAUUUUCUCUAGAAAAGAAGUCUUGAUUCUCUACGUCAUUCAACGAACUUUUUCGGCUUUCCAUUAUUAUGCUAUGAAACGAGCUGCUUAUCGUUUGAGUGAUCCAAAUUUUUAUCAAUCAUCGCAAUGGUUAAAGAAAAUCUGGGAACAACGUCGUAUGGCAUUCACCAGUACGACGAUGAACACAGUCUCGGGCUUACAACCAGGAACGCCAACUACUCGCAUUAUAUGUUGUGCAAUACAAUAA